UAAGUUUUGUUAAUGGGGGGAGUAGUAUUUUACAUGUCCAAAGAUGGUUUCCUGAAAAUCACACCAAUAUCUUUAGGCUCUCAUGAAAAACUUGGGGCUCCAUGCAGUUGGUAUAGUAAACCAAAGGUCGCAUACAAAAAGCCAGUGGGAGUAGAGAUUUAGCAGGGUGAUGGACAUGUGAGGUCUUCCAUAAGUUAUUGGUACCUGGACAAGUUCUGAAGAACCAAGGUACUGUAUAACUCGUUGGAUUUUCCAUUUGUUUGUGUUGCUAUUGACUUGACUUAUCUUUACCGACAAGGUUCUAAACACUGUGGAUAACAAAAUCCCGACCGCCGUAAAUAUGUUCCAAACUAGGAAGGCCACUAUGGAAAUUUAGCAGCAGGAUUCGAUUUUAGUCUGCUGUUAUUCCAAAAUUUUGUGACGCUUCUGGCGCUAGCCAUCUGUAGAGACAUACGGUUUCCUCUAUUAUUAACUGUUCAGGAGCCAUUGUUUUGAAUUUCUACUCUCCGUAUGUUGACGUUGCUAUAUGACUUAGUUUUCUUCGGAUGUUCCAUCGACUUCAUAACAGGUAUUUAAACAUUGUCGUUUCCCCACAAGCGCAGAUAACUUCAAACCUUCUGUUGUUGAGUUUGAAUUGCUCCCGCCAUGUUAAUGCCAUUUAAGUUAAUCAUUUCUUUCCUUGUUGUAUUUGGCGAUAGAUCCCAGACUUUAUUGGCUUCAAUACCAAAUGCUGUCAAGGGUAAACACCUUCGCAUUAUCUGGCCUCGUUGGGAAGGUAAUCCAAAAGGACUUUCUGGUCCGCUCAAGGGAGGGGUCAUCAUUGAUUACUUGGCAGCACGAUUAGGGUUCACUUACGAGAUGGUAAGAAUCACGGAGAACAGACUGGAGCCCGCUCCGAAUCAAAGAGGACUUUUUAAUUAUUUAUGGGACGGAAAAUGUGAUUUUUUGGUUUCAUCCGUUGCCACAACAUGGGAGCGGAACAACAUCUUUGAUCUCACUACUCCCUGGGAAUACGCAUGCCUUGCUUUUCUGAUUCCCGUGCACGGCGAGACAGCCAACCUUAAAUCUGUCGUCAAGCCUUUCCAGCUGCCGGUCUGGAUUGGACUAAUCGUUACAGUCAUUUGCGUCAUCGUCGUUCUGACUUUAAUUCAGCGAUAUUUGCAGUACAUGGAACAGCGGUCUGGAACGGUGUCUGCAACGGAAUGCAGUACACAUUUGCCAGGCAACAAUAGUCGUCUUUCGAAUGGACGAGCUGGAAGACAAUAUGUUUACGUUUUCGGCAAUUUACUGUCACAAGGUGGACCUUGCACGUCUAAUCGGUUAUCGUUUCGUUUCGUCGCUGGGGUAUGGGCCCUGGCGGCAUUCAUUUUCGUUCAAGCGUACACGUCGAUACUUUUCACGUACGUAGUGGCUCCAGUCAACCAACCGCUCAUCAAUUCCAUUUAUGACGUCGCUGAUAGUAGCGACAUCAAUUUACUAGUGAAGAAAGCUGGCACUGCGGAUACGAUGUUUACGAAUAACAACUGGACAGGAUUUUACGAGAAAAUCCGGGACAGGAUUAAUUCACUGGAAGAUUCUCGUUGCGUAUUGAUAUCCGAUUGCAUCAAGUUAGUCACACCGGGAUCGAGGAACGUCUUUAUCGACGGUUAUGCCUAUCAAUUGGAUGCCAUCAAGGAAGAUUUUCAGAAAACUGGAAAAUGCAACUUGCAACUUGCAGGGGACACUUAUUCGUCCCUACUAGUCGCAAUGGUUUUACCAAAACGCAGUCCCUAUACCGACCCUAUCAACAAAGGGAUCCUGGAACUACGGGAAGGUGGUUUCAUUGACCACUGGGAUCUCUGGUUUCGUCCAAUGCCAGGCCAAUGUAUUGAAAAUUUCAAACGCGGUGGUUUCAAAUCACCAAGAAGCAGGAAAUAUCCGUCAUUGUCGUUCAAGAAUUUGUCUGGAGCCUUCCUUCUCUUUUUGGUUGGCACCAGCCUUUCAGUUUUGGCUUUUCUUUGCGAGCACAUAAUUUCAAUGACUGGAAGGCUACGUCUCUGCCGACGCAAUUAACCGCCGUAAAUUGCACGCAGAGCCGAGUAUGUUUUGUUCUUUCGGUUUCAACAACAAGCUUUAAAUGGACCCAUCCCUCGUAUAGUUAAAUCUUUCAUCUCGUGAGCUGUGUAAGCAGUCGUAUUAAAAAUUGUUGACAACAUCCUCGGAUAUGACGUAUAUGCAACUAUUUUUAAAGUAGGUAAUCCACAACACAAUUUUUGGUGUCAUUUUACGCUUCAUUUGAAAUAGCUCUGCUCGUUUCAUAGAAAGAAAGAAUCCAAAUAUCAAAUAACAACCCGAAAAAUUCUGUUUUACUGUUAGAUUUAGUGGAAAAAAGGUAUGAACCCAGAGAAAAUGGAUGUGCACUUUUUCAGUUAUCUUCUUGGUAAAGCUGCUUUAGAUUUAUACUUAGAUAAAGUAAAACACACAAUCAAAACGCACAGUGUAUGUGUCCAUUGAACAGUUACAAAUUUACAAUCAUCGGUAAUAUACAAUAUAAAAACAAAACUCAAUAAGUCAAAAUAAGUAUAAACAAUAAGUAAUAAAGAUUCUUUUGCCUCCAGCCAAGUGGGGUUAUCGUCUGCGUUGCAACAAGUUGACGUGUUUCUCGUCUUCCUGCCAUCACGAAUGGUUGAUUGUAACUUUUGUCACCCGUGGUUUCCUUGUUGCCAAGAGACAGAACAGAUCCAAUACCCAUGGCAAAUUUGGCAAUUGGUGGAGACAAGACAGUGGUGUCUAGCCUGGAAGUAAAAGGUAUGGUUUUUGAGUUGGUCAGUGAUCCAUAUAAAUUACCAUGAGGACAAGUCCAACAUAAAUUGUGCAUCCUGCUUUGUUUCUACUUCCAUUGUGUAAUUCUCCUACAUGUUACGCCACCAACUGCUGCACAGAUGAUAAUUUAUUCCCAGAUUUUAUGUUUCCAGGAUCAUAAGGAUCUACUUAACAAUGGAAAUUAU